AUGUGGGCCCGGAGCGGGGCGCGGGGCGCGCUGCUGCUGGCGCUGCUGCUGUGCUGGGACCCGCGGCUGAGCCGAGCAGGCACUGACUCUGGCAGCGAGGUGCUCCCUGACUCCUUCCCGUCAGCACCGGCCGAGCCCUUGCCCCACUUCCUGCAGGAGCCACAGGACGCCUACAUCGUUAAGAACAAGCCUGUGGAGCUGCGCUGCCGCGCCUUCCCCGCCACACAGAUCUACUUCAAGUGCAAUGGAGAGUGGGUCAGCCAGAACGACCAUGUCACGCAGGAAGGCGUGGAUGAGGCUACUGGCCUGCGGGUGCGAGAGGUGCAGAUCGAGGUGUCACGGCAGCAGGUGGAAGAGCUCUUCGGCCUGGAAGAUUACUGGUGCCAGUGUGUGGCCUGGAGCUCCUCGGGCACCACUAAGAGCCAUCGCGCCUAUGUCCGCAUUGCCUAUCUGCGCAAGAACUUCGACCAGGAGCCUCUGGGCAAGGAGGUGCCUCUGGACCACCAGGUGCUGCUGCAGUGCCGCCCGCCAGAGGGUGUGCCUGUAGCCGAGGUAGAAUGGCUCAAGAAUGAGGACGUCAUCGACCCCAGCCAGGACACCAACUUCCUGAUCACCAUCGAGCACAACCUCAUCAUCCGUCAGGCCCGUCUGCUGGACACAGCCAACUAUACCUGCGUGGCCAAGAACAUCGUGGCCAAGCGCCGGAGCACCACAGCCACCAUCAUCGUCUAUGUGAACGGCGGCUGGUCCAGCUGGACAGAGUGGUCACCCUGUUCCAACCGCUGUGGCCGAGGCUGGCAGAAGCGUACGCGGACCUGCACCAACCCCGCCCCCCUCAACGGAGGUGCCUUCUGCGAGGGCCAGGCCUUCCAGAAGACGGCCUGCACCACUGUGUGCCCAGUUGAUGGGGCCUGGACAGAGUGGAGCAAGUGGUCAGCCUGCAGCACUGAGUGUGCGCACUGGCGCAGCCGCGAGUGCAUGGCACCCCCGCCCCAGAACGGAGGCCGUGACUGCAGCGGGACACUGCUCGACUCCAAGAACUGCACCGACGGGCUCUGUGUGCACAAUAAGAAAACUCUAAGCGACCCUAAAAGCCACCUGCUGGAAGCCUCGGGUGACGUGGCGCUGUAUGCAGGCCUUGUGGUAGCCAUCCUGGUGGCCGUGGUGGUCCUCUCCGUGGUGGGGGUGGUGGUAUACCGCCGAAACUGCCGCGACUUCGACAGUGACAUCACCGAUUCGUCUGCCGCCCUCACUGGCGGCUUCCACCCCAUCAACUUCAAGACCACCAGGCCUAGCAACCCGCAGCUCCUACACCACCCCUCCGUGCCUCCCGACCUGACAGCCAGUGCCGGCAUCUACCGUGGGCCUGUGUAUGCCCUGCAGGACUCUGCCGACAAGAUCCCUAUGACCAACUCACCCCUAUUGGACCCCCUGCCCAACCUCAAGAUCAAAGUCUACAGCUCGGGCACCACCAGCUCUGCACCAGGCCUGCCAGAGGGGGCUGAUCUGCUGGGGGUCCUGCCACCUGGCACCUACCCUGGUGAUUUCACUCGAGACCCCCACUUCCUGCACCUGCACAGUACCAGUCUCAGCUCCCAGCAGCCCCUGGGUCUUCCCCGAGAUCCAGGGAGCAGUGUGAGUGGCACUUUCGGCUGCCUGGGCGGGAGGCUCAGCAUCCCUGGCACAGGAGUCAGCUUGCUGGUGCCCAAUGGGGCCAUCCCCCAGGGAAAGUUCUACGAGAUGUACCUUCUCAUCAACACAGCAGAAAGCACCCUCCCACUCUCAGAAGGGACCCAGACAGUAUUGAGCCCCUCGGUAACGUGUGGGCCCACAGGCCUCCUGCUGUGCCGCCCAGUCAUUCUCACCAUCCCUCACUGUGCCGAAGUAGGCGCUGGCGACUGGAUCUUCCAGCUCAAGACCCAGGCCCACCAGGGCCACUGGGAGGAAGUGGUGACCUUAGACGAGGAGACCCUCAACACACCAUGCUACUGCCAGCUGGAGGCCAGGUCCUGCCACAUCCUGUUGGACCAGCUGGGCACCUACGUGUUCACUGGCGAGUCCUACUCCCGCUCAGCGGUCAAGCGGCUCCAGCUGGCCGUCUUCGCCCCUGCCCUGUGCACUUCCCUGGAGUACAGCCUCAGGGUCUACUGUCUGGAGGACACGCCUGUCGCCCUGAAGGAGGUGCUUGAGCUGGAACGGACUCUGGGAGGCUACCUGGUGGAAGAGCCAAAACCCCUUCUGUUUAAGGACAGUUACCACAACCUGCGCCUCUCCCUCCAUGACGUCCCCCACGCCCAAUGGAGGAGCAAGCUGCUGGCCAAGUACCAGGAGAUCCCCUUCUGUCACGUUUGGAGCGGCAGCCAGAAGGCCCUACACUGCACGUUCAGCCUGGAGAGGCACAGCCUGGCCGCCACAGAAUUCAGCUGCAAGAUUUGUGUGCGACAGGUGGAAGGGGAGGGCCAGAUCUUCCAGCUGCAUACCACGCUGGCGGAGACGCCGGCUGGCUCCCUGGAUGCCCUCUGCUCUGCCCCUGGCAGCACUGUUACUACCCAGCUAGGACCCUAUGCCUUCAAGAUCCCACUGUCCAUCCGCCAGAAGAUAUGCAACAGCCUUGAUGCACCCAACGCGCGGGGCAAUGACUGGCGGCUGCUGGCACAGAAGCUCUCCAUGGACAGGUACCUAAACUACUUUGCCACCAAAGCCAGCCCCACAGGCGUGAUCCUGGACCUCUGGGAGGCGCUGCAACAAGAUGACGGGGACCUCAAUACCCUGGCCAGUGCCUUGGAAGAGAUGGGCAAGAGUGAGAUGCUGGUAGCCAUGGCCACUGAUGGGGACUGCUGA